GGUUAAGAACCGAAAAAGACUUUUACUCAAAUGGUAAUGUUUUGUCUAUAUCAUCAUCGUGAUGUCUUUUCAGGCACAAAAUUUUCAAGCAGCUUGAAGACCCUUUAUUUCAAUCCCAAGAACGUAGAUGCAAAUAUCUUACGUUCAUUAAAAGCUUUCCCAUCUCUUACAAUGCUUGAAAUUAGUGAGAGCAACUUCGACGAAAAUGUUACAGCUGGAGAUUUUGCUGAGCUAAGGAACCUAGAGCACUUGGUCUUGGACGCCUGUUUCAAUCUGCAAAAUGAGUUUUUCAAAAGCAUUGGAGCCUUGACUUCUCUAAAAACUUUAUCUGUGAACUCUGAUAUACAAGGCUUCCUACCAGAAGCAGAUUGGUCUAAUCUCAAGGAACUGCAGGAGUUAAAUAUAAGUUAUAAUGAGUUUGAAGGACCACUUCCCUCAUCUUUUGUGAACAUGACAUCACUUCAGAAGUUAGAUUUUUCUGGAGGCAAUCAAUUCAGUGGGAAUCCAGCUUACAACCUUGCAAGCCUUACAUCACUUGAAUAUCUUGAUUUCACAGGAAAUCUAUUUCAAAUCCCAGCAUCCUUUUCUUUCUUUGCCAAUCAUUCUUACCUAAAAUUUGUUUAUGGCAAUGGUAGUAACAUCAUACCUGAACCACACCCUUCUUCUCAAACUUGGGUCCCAAGGUUCCAAUUACAAGAACUCGUUUUGCCAGCAACAACCCAGAAAAGCAUCAUUCCUUUUCCUAACUUUCUUCUAAGCCAAACUGAAUUAACCAUUGUUGAUAUUACUGGAUGGAAAUUGACAGGGGAAUUCCCAAACUGGUUGUUGGUAAACAACACAAAAAUGAUUGACUUUUCUUUAGGGAACAAUUUCUUCACAAGUCAUGUGAAGUUUCCAUCACAUGCUAUUCCCAACAUUCAGAGAAUUGAUGUGUCUGAAAAUGUGAUAUCAGGUCAGAUCCUAGGUAACAAUGUCAGUUCAAUCUUCCCAAAGUUAAAUAUUCUGAACAUGUCAGGCAAUACAAUCAGUGGUUCACUUCCUUAUGAGUUUGUUCUAAUGAAGUCUCUGGUUGGCUUGGAUCUAUCUGAUAAUGAUUUGUCAGGUGAAAUUUCAUCAAAUAUACCAACAAGUUCUUUGAUUAGAUUGUUGAAGCUAUCAAAGAACAAAUUCACUGGAAAGGUUACUUCUUUGUUAGCACUCAAAAACUGUUGGGUUUUUCUCUCCUUUGUGAGGCCCAAGCCCAACAUUUUGAGGGUGUCUCUUGCACCCAUUGUGCCACAACCCUAG